AAUAUCAUCCGUUCGAUGGCCGAGGCUUGCAGGGAGUGGGGAAUAUUUCAGGUGGUGAACCACGGGAUACCCUUGGAUCUAAAUCAAAGAUUUCAGCUAACGAAUGCAAGAGAGGUGAACAAGGAGUAUUCGCAGGAGGUGAGGAAGGUAGUGGAAAAGCUGUUCAGAUGGCUAUCGAUGGGGCUAGGGCUUGAAGCAGAUGUUCUGAAAGAGGGAGCAGGAGGGGAGGAGAUUGAGUAUAUGAUGAAGAUAAACUAUUAUCCUCCAUGUCUUCGCCCUGAUCUUACACUUGGGGUGUCUUUCCACACUGAUCUUUCAGCCAUCACUGUUUUAGAGCCCAAUGACGUCCCUGGAUUGCAAGUCUUCAAAGAUGGCCUUUGGAUCAACGCCAAAUACAUCCCCGGCUCCCUCAUUAUUCAUAUAGGCGAUCAGAUUGAGGUUACAUCAAUUCCUUUUACUUCAUUAAAUCUCUCUUUAAUUAUUUUUUUCGAUUGA